CGCAACCAGUUCGAAAACCACCGUCGCGGCAUACGAACUACACCGCGCGACCUGUCCGCCGGUAAACGAUUAAUAUAAGUAUAAUAAUAUUAUUAUUACAAGGAAACGACCAAAUAAUAUUGUUAUUAUUAUUAUUUUCCGCGGGUUUUUCGUGCGUUUUCCGCGAUACUGUGCAGUUUAAUUCUAUUGUUUACACGUUGUUUUUAUUUUUUUUAUAUUAUAUAUUCGGUUUUUUUGCUUUUGUCUCGCGUAUCUGUUUGCUCGUACACACUUUUCUAUCGGUUCGUUCGUUUUCGAAAACAAAAGAAAAAAUAAUUCGUUAUCAAAUUUUUUCGACGCCUACGAUACGUUUAAAGGUACAGUCUACAUGCUAGACGCUUUGGAUUCCGUCGUUGCGUCCGUAGCAUGGAAUUGUCCUCGGUGAAUUGUUCGCCCCGAGAUCAAAUCGUUCCCGACUCUUGUAACGGCAAUAAUUGGGCGAACGAACAGUUGGACUUUAAUUGGCAAAUGCAGUUUCUAAACACGUUACUCUAUGGAUGCGACAAACUGGAAGCGAAGGCAGAGGAGAAGCGGAUGGGCUCCGGCAUGGAUCAUAAAUCUACUUGGUACUGCAACGCGGCGAACAAGACUCCCGACUUUGAUUCCAUGUUACAAGGACUAAUGGUGGAAGAUCAACAUGUCAUCAAGUCUAGAAAUGAGCCGGUCUUGUGCGACUUCUUCGAGACAACCGGCAUGGGGGCGCGGACCGUGCAGGACUCGAUCUUGCAAAACGGCCAUCAUACUGAUGAAUCUCAAGAGCCUCCGUGGUUCGAGAUGAACGAAGUGGUGGACCCGCAAAUGUUCUCCACACUCGAAGACCAAUCGUUGCAGGUGACCCACGUCAAAGUGGAAGCACCAGAAGCAAACAGUCCUGAAUACCAGUCGGUGGCCAGCCCGGGGCUGUACACACCGUCUUAUUUACAUGUGCACUAUCACCACCAUGAUCACCAUCACCAACAGCAUCACCAUCAUCAUGGUUACUUCCCACGCGUGGCACCCAUGACGCCUCCCAUUUCAGAGCCAGGAUCGCCUGGUAAACGGCGGACGCCACCGCCACCGUAUCCCACACCUCGCUGUAACUCUAUCCAAAGAUCGAUGAAGUUCAACAGACGGAACAACCCGGACUUGGAAAGGAGACGGACUCAUCAUUGCAAUUUUGGCGGUUGCAACAAAGGAUACACUAAAAGCUCUCACCUAAAAGCCCACCAAAGAAUACACACAGGUGAAAAACCGUACCGGUGCACGUGGUCGGCGUGCGAGUGGAGUUUCGCGCGGUCGGAUGAGCUGACCAGACACUAUCGGAAGCACACGGGUGACAAACCGUUCCGGUGCGAGGUGUGCGAACGGUGUUUCGCCCGGUCCGAUCACCUGGCACUGCACAAGAAACGCCAUCAACCCAAGAACGUAGCGGCCGUAGCGCAGCAUCAGCAGCUGAUGGACCAUUCGUCGUCGAAAGGCGGGUCCGACCAACAUCAGCAGAAACAACAACACCAGCAGAUGAUGAUGUUGAACGGCGGCGGGAUAGUGUCCGGGCCAAAGGCCGGCGGCGGCGGUGGAGAAUACGUCGUCGACGGUCAGCAGUCUGCAGUCUGCAGGCAAAUGGUGCCGGCCUUGUGAUCGGUGCUCGCUCACACGGGAUAAUAUUAUUAUUAUCGGUGAUGAGAAGCUGCGCGGUAGACGAGGAGACGAUCGGUAGAAGACGGAUGACAUCUAGAAGAGGGGAAUGGGAGGGGGGAUUUCUGUGAGUUUUUUUCCAUUUAUGUAAAUUUUUUUUUUCGUGGUAUUUCUGCACGGAAACAAGCGCCUGUUGCUGCUGUUGCAGUUGACCCGUAGUAGGAAUUCGGUCGUUGGUCGCCGCACAAUGACACCUUAACGAACGACUAUUGUGCGCUAGAGAAAAUAAUAAUAAUAAUAUAUCAUACAACUAUCGUGCAUAUUAUUAUGUAUACGUACGUACGCGUGUGCGCCAUUCGAAAAUAUAAGGAAAAACAAAAAGAACGGAUAAGUGACGGACAAACGACCGCGACCUCGCCGCCAUUCCGGGUCAAACCGCGUAAGUACCGCCGUCGACGUGUGUAAUAUCAUCGGUUCUCCUAUAAAGCAAACAUUGGACAGCGGCAACAAAUAAUAAUAAUAAUAAUAAUAAUAAUAAUAAUAUGGUACCUGCAGUAUAAUAAUAUAAUACUGUAGUUUGUAGUAGCCCACACGCGCGCGCGCGCGGCACAAACUCCUCGAAUACUAUUAAUAAAUAAUAAUAACGAUAAUAAUAUAUAUUAUACAAUAAUGAAAUCUAUCGUUUCUCGCCUUUUUUUUCCUCUCGUCUGUUAUUAUUAUUAUUAUUAUUUAUUUAUUUAUUAUUAUUAUUUUUUUUUUUUUAAUCGUCUGCGGUCCUGUGAUUAAUGAUUCGGUCGUGUCCCCCGGCUGCGUCGCGCGCACAAUACUAGGCUGAUUAACGGAAUGAUUGACCCGAUUCCCCGCAGAUCCCCCGAGGGGUCCCGCGCUUCCCCGCUCGCCGACACUCGCCCUUCAUUGUACUAUUUUUUUUUUCGCGAUUCUUAGCCUAAAUUUCUUGACGACACCUGUAUAGUGUAUAUUAUAUUAUUUCUUCACCGCCCAUAUCGACAAAACUGGCAUCUCUCACUGAUACAUAUUAUAUUAUUAUAAUAAUAUAAUCGGUAUAUAUAAUAUUACAGUGUCUACCUAAACAACACGUAUGCGCAGUGUUCACAGUCGGUAUUUCUCGAAUAAGAAACAUACAUUUUUCGGCGUUUUUCAGCUUUUAUCGCGCGCAAUAUGUUCCAUAUUUUUUCUAUUUUACCGGAAAACCGAUAAAUUUCGUACGCUCGUGCGCCAGUGACCACCGAUCGCCGGUUUAUCGAUUGCCGGCAGUGUAUUUAAAAAAACAUAUACUAGUAAUGUUAAUUUUAGAUUUAAAAUUUUAAUUAAAUUAUAGAAUAUAUACUUGUAAUAAUUAGAAUUACAAAUUUAUUGAUAUAUGUAUAUAAUAUAGUAUAUAGUGAAACACAUUUCCUCGUAUGUAUAUGAACAACAAUUAUUAUUACUAUUUUGUAAGAAUAGUGGGAUAAAAAAUGUAUAAUAUUUUUGUUAUUUUGUUAAAGUUUUUGUAAACAAAACUCGUCCUAAUUAAUUAGAGAUGCAUAUAAAAAUGUUUACGUUUAAUACUAUUUAUUUCAAACUCUCUUUUAAGUAUAUAUAAUAGAUAAAUAUAUAUAUACAUAUAUGUAUAUAUUUUUUUGUCAUUUUAGUUUAAUGAUAUAAAUAUAUGAUUAACUAAAUAAUCCAUUUAUAUCAUACAUCUCGGAAAUCACUUAAUUAUAGUUAUGAUGCACACGAUUUUAAUCAUUAUAUUCUUUUCAUCGCGUAAUAGAAGAUAAACCAAAGAUUGCUUUCAAACGUUGUUGUAUUUUUGGUUUCACCAUUAUAAAACUAUACUAUAGUCCCGUUAUAUCAUUUCAUUAUUGUUUUAUACAAAAAAUAUAUAAUAAUCCUAACCAUUUUGUCAUAAGCUUUCGAGCAUAAAAUCAAAAUAAUUUUUGUUUAAAGCGAACAAAUCGCUUGAUCUCAUUAAAACCAAAACCAGUGAUAUAAUAAACGGAUUUAACUAAAUGUUUUGUACGUAGGUAUCAAUCAUAAUUAACUACCUGUAUAAUACAUUAUUUUUUUGUCGCGUUUUUAAUGUUGAUUUUUCACCACACCCACAAUUUGCUUAUUAUCAUUUAAUUUAUGUUAUACAUAUAGUAUAGUAGGUAUACUUUAAUAGCUGUAAUAUUUAACAUUUUGCCAGUGACAUAGUGGAUUACAAACAUUAACGGCAUUACGUUUAGAAAUUGUACAAAAUAUGAAUUUAAGUUGUCUAAAUUAUUUUGUUAGAAUUAAUUUUUUAUGAUCAUUAUUUGUUUUUUUUUUAAUUUGUUAAGAUACUGUCCGAGAGUCUUGUCCACCCUCGAUAUACCUAUUUAGCAAAUAUUAUUAAAAUCUAUUUUGUUCUUA